CGGUAUUGAUGCACGGUUACAAAACUUGAUUAUACAAACUGCGCAACCAGGACCACAAUGGCGGCGCCCUUGGCUAGGGUUUGUGGAAAGUUCUUCAAACAUGUGUCAAGACCAUGGAGCACAUUACAGGUGGGCAUUCCAAAGUGGGCAUCCUCAUCUGCUGUUGAGCUCGCCACAGGAAGUGAUGCAAUCCCGGGAGUUGCGUACCCUCCACUGCAGACCUUCUCGGAGGAAGAGAACAUGAUGCGAGAAGCAGUGAAGAAGUUUGCUCAAGAACAGAUUCAACCAUUUGUGUCUGAAAUGGACGAAAAGCACGAAAUGGAUGAAGGAGUCCUCAGGGGCCUAUUUGAGCAGGGGCUGAUGGGGAUUGAAAUAGACCCAGAGUAUGGUGGUACUGGAUCCACUUUUUUUGCAUCUAUCUUGGUGAUUGAGGAAUUGGCCAAAGUGGACCCAGCUAUUGCCGUUCUGUGUGAUAUCCAAAACACACUUAUCAACACACUGCUGUCCAAACUGGGAAAUGAGGAGCAGAAACAGAAAUAUCUCACGCGUCUGUCCACGGAUAUGAUUGGUAGCUUCUGUUUAUCAGAAGCUGAUUCUGGGAGCGAUGCCUUCUCUUUGAAGACUCGUGCGGAGAAGCACAACGACUACUAUGUUAUUAAUGGCUCCAAGAUGUGGAUCAGUAAUGCAGAGCACGCUGGGGUUUUCCUGGUCAUGGCCAAUGUAGAUCCAGCUGCGGGAUAUAAAGGCAUAACCUGUUUCAUUGUGGACCGAGAAACAGAGGGGCUUCACAUUGGCAAGAACGAAAACAAGCUUGGCCUAUGUGCCUCAUCUACAUGUCCACUACAUUUUGAUAAUGUCAAGGUUCCAGAGAGGAACAUUCUGGGCCACAUUGGUCAUGGCUACAAGUAUGCCAUUGGCAUGCUGAAUGAAGGAAGGAUUGGCAUCGCUGCACAGAUGCUUGGAUUGGCGCAAGGCUGCUUUGAUCAUGCGGUGGCCUAUACGAGACAGAGAGUACAGUUCAGAAAGCGUAUCUUUGACUUCCAGAGCAUGCAACAUCAAAUUGCUCAUGUGGCUACCCAGCUGGAAGCUGCCAGGCUGCUCACAUACAACGCAGCACGCCUGAAGGAGGCUGGUAGGCCAUUCAUCAAGGAGGCCUGCAUGGCCAAAUACUUCACGGCUGAGGUGGCAACUCUAACUACAUCUAAAAGCAUUGAAUGGAUGGGAGGGGUAGGGUUCACCAAGGACUACCCUGUCGAGAAGUAUUACAGAGACUGUAAGAUAGGUACCAUCUAUGAGGGCACAUCUAACAUCCAGCUGACGACGAUGGCCAAGUUUAUUGAUCAAGAAUAUGACCAGUGAUGAUGAGGACGGCAUUCAUAUGGCUUCAGAAUGAAACCCUAUGAAGUUUGCAGUGUCAUCUAAAAUUAGACACUCCUUGUGUAGCUUACGUUUUGAUGCAGUGUUUACUAUACAGUGGGUUAAAUAAGUAUUUGAUACCUUAAUGAUGGAUGAAUAUCAAGACGAAAAUUGAGAAUAUAAGUUCAAAGAAAAUAUAUUUAUGAAUUGAUUUAUGUUUCAUUGAGAGAAAUAAGUAUUUGAAACCUCGAGCCAAAGAAGGCAAAAUUCUGGGUGGCAAAGGGGUUUGCUUAUAAGGCGUUAAGGCGUUGAUUUUUCUUGUAGUUGGUGACCAGGUUUGUGUACAUGAUAUCAGACUGUUGACUAAGAGGAACACGUCUCCAUGGAGGGUGGAAUUACUCUGCAUUUUAAAUUAAUUGGAGUUCCAAAUUCAAAUGGCCUUUCCCGUGUUGGAAAGUUUGUGGUCUGAUGACUGAUUCUAUGGACAGGUGUCUUCUAGGUGGCCAUUUAAAACCAGUGCCUUUAAUUCAGGUGAGAAUUGAUUAGAAGUGCCUAACUGCUCUCUGUAACUGAAACUCUUGAUUGUUGACGGGGGAUGAAAUACUUAUUUUCCUCAAUAAGACAUACAUUAAUUGAUAAAAUAUACAUCAAUUCAUUAAAUAAUUCUUACAAGUUAUUUUCUGGGUUUUGUUUUUGAUAUUCUGUCUCUUCAUGUUAGAACACCUACCAAUUUAAAUUAUAGAAUAAUCCUGUCAUUCUCACUUGACAAACCUACAAAAUCAGCAAGGGAUGAAAAACUUAUUUUCCACUCUGUAACAUUUCUCGAGGUUGAUGAACAGUUGUAUUCACUGACAGUCAGAAACUUAAGGCUUUAUUGCCUUUUCGUUUGUCACUUUUCAUGUCUGUAAUAAUACUGAGAGUGUGUAUGUUACUAGGGGUGUCAAACUUUUUUCUCUAUGUUAAUAUAGUUGUUGCUGAAGUUUGUUGGUAUUUGGUUUUGUUGUAUUUUUGUUGUGGGGUUUUGGUCUUUCUUUCUUUCUUUCUUUCUUUCUUUCUUUCUUUCUUUCUUUCUUUCUUUCUUUCUUUCUUUCUUUCUUUCUUUUUAACCAGAUUUUAGUUGGUAUUUGGUUUUGUUGUAUCCAGAUUUUAGUUAAUGACUUGCCUGACUCUCUCCAGACCCUUAUGCAUUUCUGCUCAGUUUCGUGAGCUCACACAAGGGUCUGAUCCCAAACCAAAAUGCAGUAGAACCAAUCAGGAUCGCACAUUUUCAGAGAUGUGACGCAAUCAAAAUUUAAACAUGGUGGAGAAGGGAAAAAGAUUCAAAACGUGACAUUCUGUAAUUUUAACUGUAUAUUUGAAUCUGCGAGUAGUUAAAGUAGCAGCCAGAAUGAUUUUUGAUAAAACCACGCCUUAGGAGACCUACGCCUAUGUUGUAGCUCCAGAUGGAUGUUCGUGGCGCUAGGCAGAAUCCUUUCAUCUGGCGAGAGUCAGGUUAGUUAAAGACUGGCACAACACUGAGAAAUUUGAUGGAACUAUUACAUUCUGAAUUAAUAUUUCAGAAUGAAAAACAUCAUGUAAACGAGGCCAGUGGGUUGUAAUGGAUGACAUUUACCCCAACUGUGUCCUGAACAUUGUUACAUAAAUGUCAUUUUAGUUA